UUUUAAUUGUUAGUGACCAUAAGAGAGAGAAAAAAAAACAAAUUCGCGAUCUAUGCCGCGCGUGACAGCCUUCGAGUUAUAUUUAUCUACAGUAGAGAGAAGGGGAAGCACCCACUUUUUUUUUUUAAGAGCCAGAACUAUCUUCUUGACUUAGUGACAAGAAUUGUCUCCCAUUCAAAGUCUAUGUUUACCUCGCUUCUAGCACAGUCGCUCGCAUGCUCUGACGUAGAUAAAUCUAGACUAGAGUUAAUAAGAUUCUAGUCUUUUCGUUAGCAGUGUGAAUCGUAUUCUUUAGCCAGUGUUUGGAUUUAUAUUAUACUUCAUGCUUAUUUUUCCCGGAUUAUUAAUACACCUUGAAGAGAUUAGACCAAGAGCAGGUUGCCAGUAGUGUGAAGUGACUUAAUGUAGUCGUCCAAGGCUUACCAAACAAGACGAGCAGCAGGGCUGUCGACAGAACUGAUGCGAUUGAGGAAAAAAGUGGUUGCUGUCGGCCUUGGACUAGUGCUGGCCACGGCCCUGGUACUGUUGCUAGCAACCACUGGACAAGAUGUGACACUGACCUCCGAGGAUCCUCUGUUAGAGCACCAGCUUCAGGACCUCCAGGAGCGUCUCCACAAGUCUGAGAAUCUCAACCGUCAGCGAGAGGAUGCUCUCUUCGCCCUCCUGUCACGGAACCCCCCAGUGGAGGACAGUGUCAGUGACACCAACCUGUCAAGAAAUGAUGUGGUCAGUAAUAUAGCCAAACUGGCCAGUGGCCUCCAAGUGCCUGGGAUACACUCGUACCUGCCUCAUUUAACUGGUCACCCGGAAUACCUCCGUCCAGCUACGUCCCUGUCACAAGGGGUCAGUGGAGUGAGUAUAGUGAUUGGCAUCCCGACCAUCAAGAGGGACAAGGCUUCCUACCUGACCCAGACGUUGUCCUCGCUCAUUGCUGGCCUCAACGAAGAGGAGAUCAAAGACUGUCUCAUCGUUGUCUUUAUUGCCGAGCCAUGGGACACCAAGUAUCCAGCAGAAGUGAUUGCAACAAUUCAAGAAAAGUUUCAAAGCUCUCUAGACUCUGGACUUUUAGAGGUGAUUGUCCCCCCUGCUGGGUUUUAUCCAGACCUAAAUAAUUUGAAGGAGACGUUUGGAGACCCAAAAGAAAGAGUGAAAUGGAGAACUAAACAAAAUCUGGAUUAUGCAUUUUUGAUGUUGUACGCCAGACCCAAGGCUGUUUACUAUGUUCAGAUGGAAGAUGAUGUUGUUGCUAAACCUGGCUACCUGACUAUCAUGAAGACUUUUGCUAUACAGCAGAAGGAAGAGUGGAUAAUGCUAGAGUUCUCUGUCCUUGGUUUUAUUGGUAAAAUGUUCAAGUCAUCUGAUGUCCCCAUGAUUGUGGAAUUUUUCUUGAUGUUUCAUGCUGACAAGCCAAUUGAUUGGCUGAUGGAUCACUUCCUGUGGGUCAAAGUUUGUAACCCUGAGAAAGAUGCAAAACAUUGUCAGAGAAUGAUUCAGUCUGUCAGAAGAAGAUUUAAACCCUCUCUAUUUCAACAUAUUGGAGUCGAGUCAUCAUUGCGAGGCAAAGUUCAGAAACUCAAGGAUCGUGACUUUGGUAAAGCUGGUCUCUACAGAGCUCACGUCAACCCUGCAGUCCAGUUGGCCUCCUCGCUAAAAACGUACCAGAAAUUUACUCUGAGUAAAGCGUACGUAGGAGAGACGUUCUUCUGGGCCUCCAACCCAUCGAAGGGGGACCUAAUAGACUUCAAGUACACGCCACCUAUACAUGUGGAGAUGUACUUGUUCCGUAGCGGCAAUAUGGACCAUCCAGGUGAUGUGUUCCACAAUACCACUAUAGAGAUACUCACCCCUGAGGAAGUCUCCGAUACUGUAAGGCAGCGAAUCAUAUCACGUGCUGGCUUGAGUCAGGCAGAGAUUCAGAAUACUUCAAAUGGAUUCAUUCCCAUUGGGAAGUUUAAUGACGAUGGCCUUGCUCAAGGAGAGGUACCGGAUGAAGUGGGGCUUGUGGAUACAAUCAGAAUCCAUGUCCACGAGCCAUCGGAUGCUUGGGUUAUACUGAGUGAGAUAAUGAUUCAAGAAAGUAAAAGAUAACAGCGACAGAUUUGGACAUUCAACCAGAUGCCUCAAUUAUUUGUUACACUCAAAGUUAUGAAGCCAAUGUUGCAGCCAAUCAAAACCAAGAAGCAGUUGUCUUGAUCCCAUGAUGCACUUGUUGCACUGAACUAUAUAUAAGACAUUGUUGGAGAGCUCAAACAGAAAGAUAAUUUGAAAUGUGCUUACGUUAGUUUCAAAGAUUUCCAGCUGCACGAGACUGCGCAAGCUUUUGUUUCCUCAAUGUAUGAAUGUGUUACAGACAUUAAUUUGAUGGUACUUAAUUCACUGCCUCAAACUGACAGUAUGUCAAGUCCAAUGGUUGAUCAGCCGGUGAGAAACUGGCAUGAAAUCCAUUCUCUCAAUGUCAUGUAUUUAUUGGACAGUUUCUUGAUAAGAAGCGUAGACACAUUUAUUUGUUUUUUUUUUUGCGGGGAUAAGGAGUCCAGUUGACUUUUGCCCUCUGAUAAUUUCAUUCGAUGUUAUUUCCCAUUUUCAAGAUGGAUGGUUUUAACAAAUGUCAAUUUUAACCUAAGAAGUCAAAUGUAUGCCCAAUGUAUUUUGUUUUGCUUUAAGCAUUGCAACUGCCACCUACUUUAAGAUAUAAAUCUAAACUUCAAAGGUAAAUAGAGGAUGAAGUAUUUUCAACUGGGCCUUAGAAAAUCACAAUUAUUUUCUUUUUUAAUUCAACUUUAAUUAUUUUAUAUGAGGUUAAUUACAGUUUAAUCAAAUAUUUGAAUGUAGGGUUUCUUAAUGCAUAUUCUUGAAACUAAAUUUGUUGUUAUAAUUAACAAUUUGGGCAAAAUGGCCGACUUUGGUUGAACAAUAUUUCAUAGUUUCAUAAAUCUUUUGUUUUUCUUGUUGUCCUGCUUUUUUUUUUGUCAAUUGUUGAUAGUACAAUUCUAAUGGCACCCACCCUAGUACAAUUCUAACGUUGUUUUUCAGUCAUUCUCAUAUGUAAAUAGUUUCAGGUAGAGCAUGCCACAAAAUUUGUUAUGAAGUUUCUGUCAGUUUGAAAUAUGUUACUUGUAAAUAGUUCCUGGAGAAAUUUUUUUUUUUUGUUUUUUUUACACAGAGAUAUCUACGACUGUGAUUUACUCAGUCUGUUUAAAUAGAGUUAUAUACCCUUUUUUUUGUGUCCCGAUUCUUCUCGUGUAAUGUUUGGGACUGAAGGUUUUAUUACUGUCCAAACCACUGAUAGUCUAAUUUGAUAUAAUUAUUAAACACAAUUGUGAGAAUACUGUUGGAUGUAACUUCCUGAGAUUGUCUAUACACAAUUAUUGUGAAUCUAGAAUGUAUGGUUCUACUGUUUGUUUGUUUCUAGAUAAUUGUUUUUGUUUAAGCCAGAAAUUAAAGUAUUUUUUCAAAGUAUUUUAAUAAUAAUGUUUAUUAGAGCAAAUUUUACAUUGCAAAUUCUAGAAAAAUAGUAUUUAAAAAUGUUUUGCUUAAUUUAUUAAUUCAGAAAACUGUGGUUGAGGUGCAACUUAUCAUUAGAUAUAUGACUCAUAUUGUUACAUUCUCUUACUGAUUUGUUGCUCUUAUGAUUUCAACUACGCUGUCAGAUGUGUGUUGCAUACAUUGGGUACCUGUGAAAGGCUUAAUUUGGAUGAAGUUUCUUGUUGUCAUGUCACCCCCUCCCUACCCCAACCACAUGGAUGCCUCUUGUUCCCACAAGUCACUUGUUGUUAUGAUAUCAUUUGAUGCUCACCUGAAUUCUGUGAUGUCCCCUGGUUGAGUUACAGUGAGACCCAAUCGUUUAUAGAAGGCCUGAACGCUGACCAGUGACAUUACAACCUGUGGGUAGUGUAGACCAGGUCUGCGAUGUUGUAGGUCAGUGUCAGGCCUUCUAUAACAAUUGCUCUCGGUUACAGCCCCUGAAACUAAGCACGAUCCAUAAUUCUAGUAAUUAUAUGCUGUCUGCUAAGUAAAUUUGUGUGUUCUUAUUGUGUGGAGUUUAUUUAGAUCUACAUACUUAGAUAUUCGGUACAUAAUCCAUUAGAAAAUAAAUCCAUAGUGUGACAGUGUUUCUAUGGUCUGGUUCUUCAAGGUGUGUGCCUGUUUCUAAGGUCUGGUUCUUCAAGGUGCGUGCAUGUAAAAAAAAAAAAAAUACAUUCCUAAUCGCUGCCUAUGUUCAGACACAACAUGAACAAAUUAUUAGUUCAGGAAAUGAACAUUCUCUUUUCUGCAGAUUAUUCACUUUAUUUAAAACUCUCCUUUUCCUUUAUCUGCACUUAGUACUUGAUGUUGAUUUAACAUUUGUUUUUAAAGAUUUAUAUAAAUGGCAAUGGCUAAAAUCUUAUCAAUUUAAUGUCAACAAAAAUGUGAUGUUCAAAAGCUGCUGUGUGUAUGGAAUCACAAAGUGAACAGAAAUUUACAUAAAUUAAUGACCAACAGCAGAAGCACUGUAGAGAAUGUCUCAUCCCCCUGGCAUUUAAGUUAAAACCUACCAUUUCUUGCUUGCUGAUAAGUUAUCUGCCCAUGGACUGACCUAUCAAAUUAUACAUGUUGCCUUUCCCUAACAAACAACUAUUGAAUGUUUAUGACAAACUACUAAAUAACAGCCUCAUUGUUAUUGUAACCACACUUUUAAAACAUAACAAUAAGAAACAAUGUCAGUAGUACUAAAGUUAGUUUGGCUUGGCCGAUUUUCAGUUUCAUUGUGUCGUCAAGAUGUACUAAAGGAAAGUAUAAUCAGACUGUAAACAAAUGUACAUCUGUUUAAAGUACACAGCAAAUGUAUUUGUAUCUAUGCUAGAAGUUCUGAUGUCACUUCUGUGUUAUUGUUCUCAUGGGAAUUAGAAAAUGUUGUAGCCCAAUAUGUUUUCUAACCAUCUUUAAAUGUUUCACUGAAGUUUAAAAAAAAAUUUUUUUUUUACUUGAGUUGUAAAGCUGUCUCAUGGACAAGACUUGACAUCAUCUUUUGUCUCUUAAUGAUGUCAGCAUUUCUUUCUCAUGGGAUAUGGACUAAGUUUAUUUUGUGGUUUCAAACUAGGUUUAACUCUUUCUCUCCGUAAUUAUUUACCAAAUUCUGGUGGAAUCAACGCUGGUAUCGUCAGUUAGGAGAGAAAGAGUUAAAUCAUUUGAAGCUUAAAACUGGUUUAAUAUAUUUGUUUUAAAAAGAUUUUUUUUUUAAAUUUGGAUCCACUCUAAAUGGGUAUUAAAUUCUAUUCAUCUUGGGUUUGGCUUCUGUCAUCUAGUUGAAUGACACUAAAUACUAGAAAUCAUAUGAAUUAGAAAUAUUUUUUCCUUCAGAAUUAUUUUUUUAUGCCUGCUAUUUGUCACCUAGAAACUAAAGCCAAUUGUUUAUAUAAUUUGCCAGACUUUGCUGUUUUCACUAUUAACGGAAGAGAGAGAGUGCGCGUCUUGAUACUUUAUUCUGUGUGAUUUGACUGACCUGUUAGUGUAGAAUUUUCACUGUACUUUAUCAUUAAACAUAUACAAUUUCUAAA